GCAGCGGGCGGGCGCAUGUGGGGUCGCGCGGCGUGGAGGCGCUGCCCGCGAGGGCUGCGGCGCGGACGGGGGGCGCUGCUGGCGCUGCUGGCCCUGCUGGCGCUGGCCGGGCUGGGCUCGGUGCUGCGGACGCGGCGCGGGGCCGGGGCGGCCGAGCCGGGACUCCGACGCACUCCGCGUUCCGGGCGGCGCGACCCGGUCCUGCCGCGGCCGCCGGUGUCGGAGGACGCUCUGGGAGCGCACGGCGAGGCGGUGAGGCUGGAGCUCCAGGGAGAAGAGCUGCGCCUGCAGGAGGAGAGCGUGCGGCUGCACCAGAUCAACAUCUACCUCAGCGACCGCAUCUCAUUGCACCGCCGCCUGCCCGAGCGCUGGAACCCGCUGUGCAAAGAGAAGAAAUAUGAUUACGAUCAUUUGCCCACGACAUCUGUCGUCAUAGCAUUUUAUAAUGAAGCCUGGUCAACUCUCCUUCGGACAGUUUACAGUGUUCUCGAGACGUCCCCAGACACCCUGCUAGAAGAAGUUAUCCUUGUAGAUGACUACAGUGAUCGAGAGCACCUGAAGGAGCGCCUGGCCACUGAGCUGGCCGGGCUGCCCAAGGUCCGCCUGAUCCGCGCCAGCAAGAGGGAGGGCCUGGUGCGAGCGCGGCUGCUGGGGGCUUCGGCAGCCAAGGGCGACGUGCUGACCUUCCUGGACUGUCACUGUGAGUGCCACGAGGGGUGGCUGGAGCCACUGCUGCAGAGGAUCCAUGAAAAGGAGUCGGCAGUGGUGUGCCCUGUGAUUGAUGUUAUCGACUGGAACACCUUUGAGUACCUGGGGAAUCCUGGGGAGCCGCAGAUCGGUGGUUUUGACUGGAGGCUGGUGUUCACGUGGCACGUGGUUCCCAAGAGGGAGAGGAUUCACAUGCGGUCCCCCGUUGAUGUCAUCAGGUCUCCAACCAUGGCUGGUGGGCUGUUCGCUGUGAGUAAGAGAUAUUUUGAAUACCUGGGGUCUUACGAUACAGGAAUGGAAGUUUGGGGCGGAGAAAACCUCGAAUUCUCCUUUAGGAUCUGGCAGUGCGGAGGCACCCUGGAGACGCACCCGUGUUCGCAUGUAGGCCACGUUUUCCCGAGGCAAGCUCCCUACUCCCGCAGCAAGGCUCUGGCCAACAGUGUCCGCGCAGCUGAAGUGUGGAUGGAUGAAUUCAAAGAGCUCUACUACCAUCGCAACCCCCACGCCCGCUUGGAACCCUUUGGGGACGUGACAGAGAGGAAGCAGCUCCGUGCAAAGCUCCAGUGUAAGGACUUCAAAUGGUUCUUGGAGACCGUGUAUCCAGAACUGCAUGUGCCUGAGGACAGGCCUGGCUUCUUUGGGAUGCUCCAGAACAAAGGACUGAAAGAUUACUGCUUUGAUUAUAACCCUCCCAAUGAACACCAGAUCACAGGACACCAGGUCAUUCUGUACCACUGUCAUGGGAUGGGUCAGAACCAGUUUUUCGAGUACACGUCCCAGAAUGAAAUACGCUAUAACACCCACCAGCCAGAGGGCUGUGUGAGUGUGGAAGCAGGAUCGGAUGUCCUCAUCAUGCAUCUCUGUGAGGAGGCCACCCCAGAGGAUCAGAAGUUCAUCCUGCAGGAGGAUGGUUCAUUAUUUCACGUACAGUCGAAGAAAUGUGUUCAGGCCGAGAGGAAGGAGUUGAGCGACAAUUUUGUACCACUCUUACGAGACUGCACCAACUCGGAACAUCAGAAAUGGUUCUUCAAAGAACGCAUGGAUUAAAUAGCUCCUCAGCAGGCAGGAACACGGUAUGAACUCCUUCCAGUACAGCUCAGUCCUCUCGUAAAUGUCAUGUGCUGUGGGGCCAAAGCAUCCCUCCUCCACUGUGGUAACUUUUAAAGCAGGUGAGGUGCCCCUCUCGGCCUGUGAUGGAGGUAAGCAGUCUGCUCUGCCCCCUCCCCCAUGCCCUUCCAGUCCGAGCUCCAUUGAAGGGGUGUCAGCCCUUCCCAGGGUGUAGGAAGACAGUUUGGGCAGACAGAAAAUUAGUGCUAAUCAGCUUCAUAAUGAGCGCUGGAAAGCUACACAGGCUUUUUUUGUGUGUGUUCACUGGGCACCACUGGUAAUUAGCUUUGCUUGAAAAGUCAUCCCUCUUACUCCUGCCAGCAGUUUAUAUGUGGUCGUUUUUAGGGUGGAAGAACUAAUAAAAAUAUUCAGGGUGUCAAGGGAAAUAUUUGCACAGACUGGGAGGCAAUUUAUAACAUUUUGAGGAACCUUUCCCCUUCACUUUCUCCUUCUCUGAUGGAUGAGGAGUCUCAGCCCUGCCCCACUGGAAGGUAGAGAUUGGCCUCCAGCCCUUGAGUGUGGAGUCAGGAGUCCUGGGGACCAGCCCCAGUUGUGGUGGGCUGUGUCCCCUGCUAGGACUCAUUUCCUCAUCUGAAUAAUGGGGAUAAAAGUAUCCU